CCAAAUCCCAGAAUUGACUUGCUUCGCCGCUCUACAAGGCCACUCCCAAGCCACGCCUACCGGUUAGAGAGGGCAGGAGGGAGGGAAAAUUCAACUACUAGCUAGCUAGUUGACUCGAAUAAAAACUGAAUAGACGCCGUUUUAUCGUGAGUCUCCGUGACGAGUUAGCUAGUUGAUAAAUUAAUUCAAAUGCUAGCAUUUUUUCCAUCGAAAUGGUGCUACAUUGCUUUGUACCGGGAUGUAUAGCCAAAACCAGGAAAGGAAAAGCAGUAAGUUUCCAUCAUUUGCCGGUUAAACAUUUGGAGUGGUGCAAACAGUGGCUGCAGGCUAUCAACCACCCAAAGUUUGGAGAAGGACCGAUAUGGAAAACCUGAAAAACCAGAGGGUUUGCAGUCACCAUUUCAAGCAGGAAGACUAUGAACCCAAUGUACUUGGAAUGAAGAGAACCACUCUGAAGGACACCGCAAUUCCGUCGAUAUUCACCUUCCCAGAUGACGAACAGCCGGGGCCAUCUGUUAGUAAACGCAUUCGCCUAGAGGACAAGCACGGUUCAACCAAGUCUUCUGCAAGAGAUCCAAGCAGUGGGUCAUGAAGAAAAUCUUCACACCACACAUCACCCAGUUAAUAGACUUACUCAUCCAGAGGGUCAUGGACAGAAGACGCAACCCAAACAGUCUGUUCAAGUUGCCAACCUCCUCACUUGCCCUGCCACAGCCUGCGCUGCCACCCAACAUUGCACCCGUGCCUAAACCAUCAAAGGAGGCUGCCACGACUUCUUUCCAAAGCCGCUUCUGAGACAAACACUUUCCAGUAGCACCUUCUCAUUCAUGGCACCUACCUCAAAUUCCCUCAGCUACUACUUCCCUGAGUCCUCUAGCUGUGUCAAAUCGGAUUCUGCCACCGCUGUUUAUAUUUCAUUAUUUAUUUGUUGCUUGCUUUGUUUUUAUAUUGUGCAGGACAUUUUUAGAUGUAUCUCCUUGUUUAUUUUAAUGUGUACCCUUGACUAUGGUGGCACAAUGUUUUUCCUUUGUGAUGUAAUAAAAAAACAUUUCUUCA